AUGAGCGAAUUCAUAGUAACAAAAGCUGCUCAGUUGAAAAAAAAUGCUGAAAAUAAUUUUGUAGCCGUAAAUUACACCGCUCCGAAAAGAAAAAAACCUAUUGCUGACAUAGAUAAAGAUACAAGUCACAAUCAAGAACAAUCCCCAGAAGAAGAGGACCAAGAAAAAGAAAUGAAACGUCUGCGGUGGGAAGUUUUGAAAUUUGGAUCUUCAGGACUUGCUGGUACAGAUAAAAAAAAAUCCAAAGUCGCUCUGGCUAUUUCUUUGGGAGCCAAGCCGCCGAAAAAUCGACGAAUGAAUUACAAAAAUCUCAAGUUAAAAAAGAACAAAGAGAAGGAAGAAGCUGCUAAGGAAAAAUUGGAACAAGAACAUCAAUCUGGUUUGACCAACAGCUUAAAAAAGACGACGAAGAAGAAGUGGGUACAAAAGGACAAAGGAAUUCUGGGAGUCUAUGGAAAGGUUUCUAAAAGUUCAAGAGACAGGAGGAAAUGA